UUACUCCUCUUGGGAAAGCGGAGGCGGGGAUUCGGAAGGAGAUGGGAUCCCUUGGAGCAAGCCUCCCUAUCGCGGCUGCGUGAGCUGCCCCUUCUCCCACCUCGCGCCCCUGGCAAGCACGCUCGCUCUGCCGCUUCCGCCGCGCCACGCCCCCCCACGCCCCCGCCACGCCCCCCGCCCUCGGCUCCCGAGGUGUCUCCGGCUGCCCGCGCGCAGGUCGCGCCGACCCCAGCUCGCGGCCCGCGCUGUUCCGCCGAUCCGGGCGGCGACGGUCGCUACAGUGGCGGCGACGGCGUCUCGUCCCAGUUCCGCGGCCCUGGGCGCCGUGGUGUCCGCGGCUCCCGACAUCAUGACGGCCCAGGGCCAGUCGACGGCCGGGUCGUCGCCUUUGUACACAGUGUUCCGUCAUGUGCGGUACGAGAACCUGGUGGCGGGCGUGAGCGGCGGCGUCCUCUCCAACCUGGCGCUGCAUCCGCUCGACCUCGUGAAGAUCCGCUUCGCCGUGAGUGAUGGACUGGAACUGAGACCGAAAUAUAAAGGAAUAGUACAUUGUCUGACCACUAUUUGGAAAGUUGAUGGACUACGAGGCCUUUAUCAAGGAGUAACUCCUAAUGUGUGGGGUGCAGGUUUAUCUUGGGGACUCUACUUUUUCUUCUACAAUGCUAUUAAAUCAUAUAAGACAGAGGGGAGAACAGAACGGCUAGAGGCAACAGAAUACCUUGUUUCAGCUGCUGAAGCUGGGGCCAUGACACUCUGUAUUACAAAUCCAUUAUGGGUAACAAAGACUCGACUUAUGUUACAGUAUGAUGUUGUCAGUACUUCACAAAGGCAGUACAAAGGAAUGAUGGAUACACUUGUAAAGAUAUAUAAAUUUGAAGGUGUGCGUGGAUUGUACAAGGGAUUUCUGCCUGGGCUAAUUGGAACGUCACAUGGAGCACUCCAGUUCAUGGCAUAUGAAUUGCUGAAAUUGAAGUACAAUACACAUAUCAAUAGAUUACCAGAUGAACAGUUGAGCACAAUAGAAUAUAUAUCAGUUGCAGCGAUGUCAAAAAUAUUUGCUGUGGCAGCAACAUACCCAUAUCAAGUAGUGAGAGCCCGACUUCAAGAUCAGCACAUUUUUUACAAAGGUGUAUUUGAUGUAAUCAAAAGAACAUGGAGGAAAGAAGGCAUCCUUGGAUUUUACAAAGGAAUUGUCCCUAACUUGAUUAGAGUGACACCAGCCUGUUGUAUUACCUUUCUAGUUUAUGAAAAUGUCUCCCAUUUUUUACUUGACCUCAGAGGAGAAGAAGAGUAAGUUUGAAGAAGAUAACACAAAAAUAUCUGCUGCAGCAGCAACGUACUCCUUAGUGCUUGAAAUACAAAACAUGCAAGAAAUAGUGCACAGCAACAUAUUUCAUGAUUUAAAUCAACCUCAAGCUGUUGAAAGUCAAAGAACUGAUAAAUCCUCAUAAAUUCCCUGCUUUUGCUCUCUCACUUGUCUAUGUGACUUGGCUGCCUUUGCCUAGAAUAGCUGCCAUCAAAACAAUAUUAAAACUGACAUGAAGCGUAUAGCUCAGUGAAUUUGUCCAUUUCAUUGUUCAAAUAGAAGCUGAUUUUGCAAUAUUUGUAUAGUGGAUUAGAUGGAUCUGCCUUUAUUGCUAAACUGAACUAUGUGGAUUGGUUUUUAAAUCUGCUCUUGUGCAAUAGUAAGUUGUUGUCCUUGCAAGGAUACAUGGUGGCAUAUAUGUAAUAGUUCACCUUAAAGGAUUAAUUUCAAACUUUAGAAGGUUUGCUGAAAAAAGUGCCCAGAUUCAGAGUAUAUCAGAAUCAGUGGACAGUGAAAUAAGCAUUCACUGGUGAUAUACUUUAAUCUUAGGUCAGUUUGCACUUUGGUGAGAUUCCAUACCCUUCUCAGGAUUAAGGAGUCAGUAUCUAUUGUAAUAACAGUUCCCCCCCCCCCAUUUUAAAGUUUAAUUCUGGAUCCGAAUUUUCUGAAAACUUGGCAUUGAAUGUACAUUUGAUUUGCAAACCUCAUCGUGCUCCAAGAUUAAGAGUGUCUCAGUCUUGAUUUAACAUAUACAUAUCAUUUAAUAGAGAUGCUUACAGCAGAGCCCCUUUGCAAAUUCAGAAGUGUGGGGGUUGCAUUGUUUGGCAGGUUGAUUUUAUACAUAAAGUAGGAAACAAUCUUCCCACUUAUGCUUGUGACUUUGGGAUAUCUGGGUCUGGAUCCCACUGGUUGGUCAAAUUCAUUUUCUAGAUAUCAUUUGUACCUAUGCCCAUUAUUGUUGAUUAUAUUUUCAUAAGGCAUUGCAGGAGCGGCUUAAAUAAAAAGACCUUCCCCUUUCCCUUCUCCCUAAAAUGUUGAAAUAGUACUUAUAGUCUUAUUUAUCAUAAAUACCUAUGACUGCUAUUGCACUAUCAUCUGUCUCUUGUAAAUAAAACAUUGCAAUUUUCAAAGCCAUAUUUAAAUGGUUCUUUGAAAAUUGAUCUAUUUUUACAUUUUGAAUGGCAUUGUUUUUCAAAUAAAGAUGAAAUCAUAAAUAAUGUUA